AUGUCACGAUGGCUCGGUCUUCCCUCUCUAUCCUCAACUCCCCUCAUCCACCGGCGAGAAAAGAUGACGCGUAUGGGAUUGUCGCUCCUUGCCGGGGCAGGCGUGCUGUUUGCGUCCGCCAUUGCCCAGUUCCCGCCGACUCCUGAAGGGGUCACGGUGCUGGAGUCAAAAAUCAGCCCUGGCCCCGGAAUCUGCGAGACGACCCCAGGGGUCAAGUCGUACUCGGGAUACAUUCAUCUUCCUCCAGGAACCUUGGAUGUGUCUGGUGGCUUGCCCCAGCCCUACCCGAUCAACACCUUUUUUUGGUUCUUUGAGGCUCGUGAAAAUCCCGAAAAUGCCCCUCUUUCCGUCUGGAUGAACGGUGGGCCUGGAUCUUCCAGUAUGCCCGGGCUUUUCAACGAGCAUGGGCCCUGUUUCAUCAACCCCGACUCCAAGACCACGAGACUCAACCCGCUGUCGUGGAACAACAAUGAUCAACCGUCGCAGGUUGGGUUUUCGUAUGAUAUUCUCAGGAACGUUAGCGUGGAUCUUUUCGGCGGAACCAGGACUCUUGCGCCAGGGAGCCCUAUUCCGGAAACAAACACCACUUUCCGGGUGGGCACGCUACCCAGCGGCAACCAGAACAGCACGGCCGUUGGAUCCGUCAACGGAGCCAUUGCCCUGUGGCAUUUCUUCCAGGUCUUCUUGUCUGAGUUUCCCGGCUAUCACCCCAGGGAUGACCGGUUCAGCAUUGCAACCCAAUCUUACGGCGGUCGCUACGGACCCGCCAUGGCCGGCUUCUUUGAUGCUCAGAACGAAAAGAUCCGCAACGGAGAAUUUGACAACACGCCCGGGCCAAAGAAGAUCAUCAAUCUAGACACCCUCCUGCUGGUCAACGCCUGCAUAGACCGCAAGGUCCAGUGGCCCUCAUACCCCGAGCAGGCGUUCCGCAACACCUAUGGUAUCGAGACCGUCACCAGGGAGGUUUACGAGUCCAUGACGGCAGCAUUCAAUGCCACGGGCGGCUGCCGCGAGCAGAUCGAGCGCUGCCAGGCGCUCGCCAAGGAGUACGACCCGAUGCAGACGGGAGUAAACGCGACGGUGAACCGCAUCUGCCAGGCCUCGGAGACGUGGUGCACCAACAACAUCCGCGACCCCUACAUCGCCACGUCGGGCCGCGACUACUACGACGUCACCCAGAUCGACCCCACCAUGUUCCCGGACCCCUUUGUCCCGGGCUACCUCAACCAGCGCGAGGUGCAGCUGGCCCUCGGGGUGCCCCUCAACUGGACCGGGUCCUCGUCGGCAUCUGCGACGGCUUUCCGUUCCAUCGGCGACUACAACCGCCCCGGCUGGCUCGAAACCAUGGGCCACCUUCUCGACAAGGGCAAGAAGGUGACGCUGAUGUACGGCGACCGCGAUUUCGCCUGCAACUGGAUGGGCGGAGAAGCCGCCUCCCUGGCCAUCCCGUGGAAGAACCAGGACAAGUUCGCCGAGGCCGGCUACCAGCCCCUGCGGACCAACUGCACCUACGACGGCGGCGCGGUGCGGCAGUACUCGAACCUGACCUUUGCGCGCGUCUUCCAGGCCGGACACGCCGCACCCUCGUACCAGCAGCAGACGGCCUACCGCAUCUUCAACCGCGCCCUGUUCGACAAGGACGUGGCCGGCGGCCUGGUGGACACAGCGACGACGCCCGACUUUGGCACCAAGGGCCCGGCCAGCGUGCGGGACGUGACCAACGAGAGGCCGCCCCAGUACCCGUACUACUGCUACAUCCUCGACACGAGCAGCUGCACGGAUGUGCAGAUUGCAGCCCUCAGGGCGGGCACGGCCGUCAUCAGGGACUUUAUCAUGGUCGACCCGCCGUACGACCCUGCGGCACCGAGGUUGGCGGCGAGGGAUGUGCGUGGGAUGCCGACGGUUGACCCGGACCAGCGGUUUUACUAG